AUGAAGGCAUCGAGUUGGUCCCGUCUGGUUUCUGUUUUGGCCUUCUCAGAAUCAAUCAAUGCAUAUGGUAUUACCGGAUUAUCUGGUGGUGUCAAUGCUGAUACUGGAGAGAGACCCUCGCGCAUUGAUCUGAGGGAUCUGCAGUCCGCUGGCCCGGCAUUCGAUCUGUUUAUCCAGGCAUUAUCUCAAUGGCAAAGCGACGACCAGAGUGAUAUUAUUUCUUACUACGAAGUAGCAGGAAUUCACGGCUACCCCUACAGAUCAUGGGAUGAUGUAAACGGGCAAUUUCAAACGGGAUACUGCUCUCACGGCUCUCCCAUUUUCCCGACAUGGCAUCGGCCAUACGUCGCUCUUGUCGAGCAGCGUAUUUGGUCGUAUGCGCAGACCAUUGCCAGUUCAUAUCCGGAUGAUCAGCGACAGACAUAUGUCGACGCGGCGACAACAUUGAGAUUCCCGUAUUGGGACUGGGCUGUAAAUUCGGCGAUGCCGGACAGCUUGACGUAUCAGGAUAUUGUGAUCAAUACGCCAAGUGGUCAGCAGUCGAUGGCUAAUCCUUUGUAUUCGUAUAAAUUUCAUCCCUUGCCGGUUGGAACUGAUAUUCCUAGUGACGAUCCGCUUGCAAAAUACGAUGAAACGGUCCGUUCGCCAGAUCCUUCAACCGGUGAGAGUCGCAUGGACAACGUGAAUUCUGGCAUGUCAUCAAACUCCGCAUGGUUGACAUCAAGCACGUACCAGCUUCUUUCUUCUGAAACCAACUACACCGUUUUCUCCAACUCUGUCCUCAAAGAUAGGGGUGACAGCUACAACAAUCUAGAAAGCAUCCACGAUGGUGUGCACGCCUUAAUUGGGGAUGGAGGACACAUGUCAUAUUUCAGCAUGGCUGCUUUUGAUCCCAUCUUUUGGAUCCAUCAUGCGUCAAUUGAUCGCAUUUUCGCUCUUUGGGAAGUCAUCAACCCAGACUCAUAUGUCGAGCCUAUGGCAGAUACAUACGGCACAUUUGUCAUCGAAGCAGGCACCGUGGAAGACGUAAACACACCUCUAUACCCAUUCCAUCGAUCUGACGACCCGAAUGACUUCUGGACAUCCGCCACUAGUCGUUCAACCCGGGAUUUUGGAUACACAUAUCCCGAAAUCCAGGACUGGGGCGUGGAUCAGAGCACUCUACAGAACAAUGUGCGCACUGCGAUUAACAAUCUAUACAACGCGCCCGCACGCAAGGGUCCAAUGGAACCGAAAUCUGCGCGCCUGCGGAGACAGACGCUGGACGGGUCGCAAAAUGCUUCUGGGAGCGCGACGACGAUGGGAACGAACGCGGUCACUGGUAAAAUGACAAAAACCGAAUUCGAUCGUAUUGGGGUCAAUAAUCUGCCCAAGAAUUGGGCUAUUAAUGUUGCUGUUGAUAAGCAUGCUCUCGACGGGAAUCCUUUUCAGAUUCAUUUCUUCUAUGGCAAACCCGACGACCAGAUUAAACCGAGCGAAUAUUUUCAGGCACCCAAUUUGAUCAGUACAUAUCGAACUUUCACCAGUCCGAGGGUCUCGUCAGAUAAUAGCGGCGGGGAUGAUCACCGCAGUCGCCGCCGUUCAUUCUCCGACAAGUCCACUAGUAGCGAAGACUUAUCUUCGGGGCAAAUCUCGCUUUCCCCCUUGCUAGCCAAUGCAUUCUCGAAUGGGAUACUGCCGGAUAGUCAACUGGAACCAGAAGAUGUCAUCCCUAUGUUGACAGACAGUCUGGAAUGGCGCAUAACGACAGCAGACUACUCAGACGCCUCCUCAUACGGGGAACAGCGCGAAGUGCCUGUUCAGGACCUAGCAGAUAAGGGGCAAUUGCGUGUAGCGGUCGUGUCGCGAGAUGUUGAGCCUAUUCAGGCUGGGGAGGAACACUUGUUUCCACGAUAUGGAGAAUGGGUAGAAUGGGAGGAUGUGACUAAGGGGAAGACUGGAGGUGUGUGA